AUGAACAUCCUGGGCACAUUUGACAGUCUAGUCACCUCGAUUGAGCACGUACUUUUAUCUCGCUCUGUUCUUUUUACUUUCUUAGAACGUUUCCGAUGCUCUCUUUUAUUGUAUUCGGAGAAAGCAAGGGUGGAAGCAGAUCUUCCAGCUCGUUCAAGAUUUGGUUUUGUCGCUUGUGUUCGUCGCGGUGCUUUCCAGCGUGAAGUAUUUUAGUUUUAUUACGUUCAACGUGGCUCUAAACGCAUGCCCUUUUGCAAGAGAUCACGAAUAGAUGAAUCCGCAAACUUAUAUAAUCUAUACAGUGUCUCGUAAGUUUAAAUACUUGAAAAAGACAGUAUACAAGAAAUGUGACGAAAUCAAUCUGUUUGACCACUCCACUCGGGACAUCACGGAGCGAAAUGCGUUUAUUAUCAACGUUCUGCUUAGUUCCUUCCUUCUCUAUCAAACAGACGGUGAGAGAUUCGGAUCGAUGUGAGUUUCAGAUCUGAACAUGGAGUUUUUCUACCAAGUGCUCAAUCUGUUUUUGGUGGACGAAGUAGGCUUAGAAAGGAGAGUGAAGGGUAGUUGGUAAUUGUGCUCAAACACAUGAUUCUGUUGAAGCAGAAUCGCUGGCCGCCAGAAAUCUAUAACAACUAUAUGGCACUCUUAAAGCGAGAUUAUCUUUUAACGACACAAUACAACUUUGACUUGGA